AUGGCAGCACCAUCCUUGCCGGUACGGCAUUGUGCAGAACAAUCCACGAGAAAAUGGAGCAGAAAGCAGCACCCUAUCAAGCAAGCUGCCCUGGUCACCAAGGAUGAGGUUCGAGGCUUUCAUCGACCAGCUUCAGAGAUUCAUCUACCACCUGAGGUUCAUCGCUUGAUCUACUCCUACGCUGCCGAGAACUGCGAUCCUAUAUCACCGAUUGUCAAAGAAUCUGCGGCAGCAGCAUUCUCACCCAUAGCUCAAUAUAUCGAGACUGGGCUGCCGAUUUUGCAUCAGGUCUUUCCAAGCCUCAAAGACCUUGCCACCAGGCUCCCCAAGUACUACUCGUCGCAGGUCUUUCAGUUCGAUCUUCGUGAUGAGCACGGGCUCUCGAAUUCGUGGCGAUGGAUCGACGAACGUUUCGAAGAAGUUUCGGCAGCAAGGACAAUCAGCCUGUAUCACUAUACCUGGUACCACAGCUCUUCAGACUACUGCUGGUCAUACGUGCCCGACGCGACAGUUUUGACAUUGACAUCUUCCGGCCACAUCAGACUCAAGAGAGCCAGCCAACAGCUUGAUCCGGACUCCUGUGUUUGUGCCAUUGCUGAUCUGGUCGCUGCCCAGUUUCCCGACUGGAAGGCGAAAGAGCAAUGGACCUUGCUUGACUUUAUCGCAGCUUUACGCCAAGAUAGAGACCCGCUCAUCGAUGCGGUCGCGAAGUUCAUCGAUGUCCUCCAGGAGCACGAGGAGAAGUUUCAGAAACUCGAAGCUGGUCGGCAACCAUGCCCUGCACGUGGAAAGCAGAUAAUCUUCCUCCGCACAACCUGCAAUCUCAACUGA